AGACCCUCCUUCCCCUGCCUCUUCGAAUGGAUGACAAGAAAAACACAACCUUCGACUGCGACAUUUUGAUAUGUGGCACCAGCCUACAGAACAGUCUACUGGCAGCCUACUUCUCUAUUAACAACUACAAAGUGAUAAACAUUGACAAGAAUAAGUUCUAUGGUGAUGUGAACUGUUCCUUGAAUUUCAACCAAUUUCAAGAUGAAAAAUUUCAGCUCAAGAAUUUUUACGAGGAAUAUUUUCCCUUCUCAUCCAGCAGAAAUGAUAACCACGUAGAAAAAAAAAAUCUCAAACAAAUAGUUCACAGCUAUUUCCAAAUAAAUAAUAACAGAUUUAAUAUUGACCUUAACCCCAAGAUAUUAUACAACGAAAGCAACAUAGUGGAUUUGUUGAUAACGUUAAAUGCACAUACAUACAUCAGUUUUGUGGGAAUACAGUACUUUUACCUGACCUACCAUAGGCUUAGCUACAACCCUGUAGUCGAUCAAACGGACCAGCACAAUGUAAACGUUCCAAGAAAUGCCACAAAGGAAAUAUACGCGAAUAAAGGGGGGCACAACCCCAUCACAACUCAUAUGCAGAACCUGAACAGUAGUAAUAAUAAUCAUGAGAACGAAAACGAUUUAAUUGUGUUAAAAAUUCCUCUAAACAAAUCGCAGGUCUUCCUAGACACAAACCUAAGUCUCAUUGAAAAAAGAAUGAUUAUGAAUUUUAUUUACAAGAACAUUAUUCACGAUAAGAAUUACACCUUUUCCAAUUUUUCCAAUUACAAUUUUGUAAAGAAGGCAAAUGUGACGGAACAGGGGGUGGUGGUACAGCGUAGCGGGCCCACAAUCACCAAAGAUAAGCAGGGAGCUCCAAACAGGUACGCGCUUGGGGGGGACAAGAAAGAUGGCACUCAGAAUGGAGACAUCCCACGCGGAAAAGGGGAAUCAGAAAAGGCUCCGCAGGCAAAUCAUGCUGACCAUGCCGAUCAUGCCAAUCGCGCGUAUCCCCCCGAAGAACACUCAAAUGUCAACAUUGCGGACUAUCUCCAAUCGUACAACAUUUCAGGAAAGCUAACAGAUUACGUCAUGUACGGGAUAGGUCUGUUCGACCUAGAAAUGGAGCACUGCAAUAAUAGUGACAUUUCCGAGUACUACCUGAGCGGAUAUACCAAGGAGAAACGCUUUAUUAUGAAUAAAAUGGAGUUCCUCCAACGGUUGCACAUUUUAAUCAACUCGCUAAAUAAAUUCAAACAGCAAAACUUGUUUGAGAAUGCUUUUAUCUAUCCGUCCUAUGGACAGAACGACAUUAUCUAUGCCAUAUCUCGAGUGGCCUGUCUAAACAAUUCCGUUUACAUGAUUAACAGAAAAAUAGACGAUAUAAUUUUUUCUCCUUUCUGCGAUUACACAGAGGAAAGUAUAAAGAAUGACGACAUGUCUCCCUUGUCUACCUCCGCAAAAGUAGACGCAGUCGUCCUAGACAAUGGACAUAUAAUUAGGCCAAAAUUUGUUAUAUCAUCCGGAUCUAACAUAAAUUUUUACGAAAUGAAGAAACACCUUCUUUGCAAAAAAAAUAGUAAAAAGGCGAAAACGCUGAUCAAAACAAAUAGGCUAGUUGUCCUAAGUACCUACUCACUUAUUGGAAAAAAUGGCUUAUCCUUUUAUAUACACAAACAGCCAAAAUUAGGGCACCGACAAAAAAGGAAGAUAAAUAAUUUGAGCAAUUGUGUACAUAUUUUACAGUUAGACUAUAAUAGUGGUUCGUGUCCCCCGGGUUUUUUCUUGACAUACUUUACCUACCUAGAAAUUUUAAAGGAGCCAAUCAAACCUACAGAUAUUCCAACCAAUUGGAAGGAGGAGGAAGAAGCCAACAGCCACAAUCCAGAAAAAAACAAUGAUUCCCCAACUAAUCAGAAACCGCUAACUUUCUGCUUCCUAUUUGAUAUUUUAAAAUUGUUCGUUAAAAAACACAAGGACAGUAGUAGCCCACCUGCGGACUCGGAGUUACCUGUCAAUAUUCCCUUUAAUGAAAGUUUCCACAGCGAACUUGUGGACUUUUUCAGCAUCUGUAAAACACAGGAGAAGUCUCAGUUGGGGAAAACCGAUAAAAGGGAAUCCCCUAAUGAAGAAAAUGCAAAAAUAGAGGAGCAAACGAGUGACCACCCCUUAAGGGGAAAUACUCCCAAUCGCGAACAUGAACUAAACCGCCACAACGAGGAACAGGCACCGGGAGACCAAACAGGGGAAGCUACGCACGGCCAAGAGCAAACCAAACAUAAGAACAUCGAAAGAGAGUCCUUCGUAAAAAACUUCAACGAUUUAUUAAUCAAAGAAGGAGUCAUUUAUUGUGCAUACUAUGAAUAUGAACCAACAGUGUACAGGAAGGAUACUGUCAAAAUGAUUAACCAAAAUGCACAACACUAUAGAAAGAUAUUCCAGAGUAUAGAAGAGAAGGUUAAGGAAGAGAGAGCAGAUGUUCGCCAAAACGGGGCGAACGAAGUGGAUAGGACCAACCCCCGUGAGAGCGACGGUUGCAGUACCAUUGACAAUAGACACAGCGUUAGUAAUGGCGAUCCAACUGGAAAAAAAAUUAACCAAGGUGAAGAAAACAAACAUGAACACAAGAACACGUGCACCCCCUCCCGCAGCUGUAAGCGUAUAGAGCUGGACGAGAACAAACAUAUUUGCAAUUUACUUUUUACAAACGAUACGCACAACUACCCGAUAUACCCCUUGAUUGAAGACGUAUCUACUUUCUUUUACAUUAUUAACAAAAUCCAUAGAACGUUUAUUUCUUCUAACAGUAGCCAAACCAUAUAUGAUACCUUUGGUGAUACAAUUAUGACAAUGUUUAGCGAGCACACUGCGUGCACUU